GUCCAACUCUUUUUUACACUCCCUCUUUUCGCUCGCUCGACCCUCCGUCGUGCCUCCACUGAUCCACUCCCAGCUUUCAAUAAUCCCUUCUCACGCUGCCAAUUCGCAUUCCGCUUCUCGGAUUUGUUCAUUUUUCGUUACGAUUCUUGGAGAAACGAGCUCCAUGCUGUCGGAUCUCGCCGUUUUUGAUAGGAUUCCAAACCCUCUCAUUCCUUUCGAUCUCAGGCACUAAAGGGUUAGCGUUUGUGUUUGAUCUGUGAUCAAUAUCGCGCUUGAGGUUUCUCUUGUCACGGAAAUGGAGAGGGUUGUCGCGGAGCCAAAUGCAGGCAAAGGUGCUUAUCACUGAACGGUAGCAUAGACCAUUGCCUUUGCCUUCUGCUUGAAUUUUUCAUAUAUUUAUGUUCCUUCAAAUCCUCGAGGUGCAGAACGACUACCACCAGAUAUAGUUGUUUCAAAAUCAGAUUUUUACCUUCGCAGAUUGUGGGGUGUUCCUAGUGAGAGGGAACAUCCAAGGACAAGAGACACCCGGAAAGCCAUACCAGAAAUCAUUGUGAUCAUACCAAGAAAUAAAAUAAAAAUAUAAAGAAUCUCCAGGCUACAGUAAAGCUUUGUUUUCUGUACAACACUGCCAAUUGUCAGAAUACUUUCCAUUAUUUUUGUCUUGGCUUGUGAUAGGCUAUUGGGCUCAUAUAAGACAUUAUUAUUAAGAAGAGGUCAACUGAAUUUGCGACAUGGACAAGACAUGGAUGACAAAGUCAAGGUUGAGUGUUGAAUAUGAACAAGGAGUUAGGGAAUUCUUGGAAUUUGCAUUUUCUAAUACAAUGUCAAAUCAAAUCUUGUGCCCAUGUAGAAGAUGUGUCAACAGUGUCCUUUUGACAAGAGAUGAGGUGUAUGAACAUCUUAUUAUUCAUGGUAUACUGAAAUUAUAUAAAAAUUGGUACGAACAUGGAGAACAACCACCAUCUUCUUCAAAUGCAAAUAUUGAACAACAUGAUGAUUUGCCAAGCCAUGUUAAUGCGAAUGAAGUAUUAGAAGAUGGGUUUGCUAUGUCAGAUGAUAACAUGAGAGAUGAGACAACAUCACCAGCUUCAUCUCCGGGAGAUUUGAAUAAUGAAACCGGUCAAUUUUUUAAACUUCUUGAAGAUGCAAACAAAGAGUUAUAUCCAGGAUGUGCUAGAUUCACGAAACUCACAUUUAUUGUUCGGCUAUAUCACAUAAAGUGCUUAUCAGGAUGGAGUAAUAAAUCUUUAGAUUUGUUGCUUGCACUCUUGAAAGAAGCACUUCCAGAGGGAGAGACAUUACCAGAAUCUUUUUAUGAAUUAAAAAAGAUUGUUAAGGACUUGGGUCUUGACUAUAAGAAAAUAGACGCAUGUCCAAAUGACUGUAUGUUGUACUGGAAAGAAGCCGCACAUGAUGAGAUUUGCAAAGUAUGUGGAGCUUCUAGGUGGAAGCAAAUGCAAAAGGACUUAAGAAAUGAGGUAUCUUCUUCUGCAGAAAAGGAGAAAAAAAUUCCUGAGAAAGUAUUACGACAUUUUCCUUUAGUCCCAAGAUUACAAAGAUUGUUCAUGUCAUCAAAAUUAGCCCCACUAAUGAUAUGGCAUGAUCAAGAUCGGGUGAAAGAUGGAUUCAUAAGACAUCCUGCAGAUUCAACAACAUGGAAGGAUUUUGAUGCUAAGCACAUGUUAUUUUCUUCAGAUCGUCGAAAUGUAAGGCUUGGUUUAGCAACAGAUGGUUUUAAUCCAUUUGGGACUAUGAGUGUUUCCUAUAGCACUUGGUCGAUUAUAUUAACUGUAUACAAUUUGCCUCCAUGGAUGUGCAUGAAGCAACCAAAUUUUAUAUUAUCAUUAUUGAUUCCUGGUCCACGUGGACCAGGAAAUGACAUUGAUGUGUACCUGCAACCUUUGAUAGAUGAGUUGAAGAAUUUGUGGGAAUUAGGUGUUAGUACUUAUGAUGCACACACAAAUCAGAUCUUUCAGAUGAAAGCCGCAUUGUUGUGGACCAUCAGUGAUUUCCCGGGUUAUGCUAUGUUAUCAGGAUGAAGCACAAAAGGGCGUCUUGCUUGUCCUUACUGUAAUAAGAACACAUGUUCACGGUAUUUGAAAAAUAGUCGGAAGUUUUGUUACAUGGGGCAUCGUCAAUUUCUUGAUUCUAAUCAUAAGUUUAGAGUAGACAAAAAGUCUUUUGAUGGAACAGAGGAGUUCAAGAUUAUGCCAAAUCCGCCGUCUACUACAGAAAUUUUACACCAAUUAGAGGGUUUUCAAAAUGAAUUUGGGAAAGGGCACUCUAAUUUGGCAUCAAAACGGAGGAGGCUAGCACUAAAAGAUUCCAAAGAUUACUACAACUGGAAGAAGAAAAGCAUAUUCUUUGAACUACCUUAUUGGGAGCAUAAUUUAGUACAGCAUAAUUUGGAUGUGAUGCAUAUUGAGAAAAACAUAUGUGACAGUUUGCUCGGGACAUUACUUAAUAUAGCUGGAAAAAGUAAAGAUACAUUGAAGGCUCGCUUAGACUUGUGUGAAAUGAAAAUAAGAACAAAGCUUCAUCCAAUUGGGGUUGGAAAUAAAACUUAUAUCCCUCCUGCAUUCUUUACAAUGAAUAUACAAGAGAAAGAGAAAUUCUGUACUUUGUUGAAAAAUGUGAAAGUUCCGGAUGGAUAUUCUUCAAAUAUUUCACGUUGUGUAAAUUUGAGAGAUCUCAAGGUUAUUGGUCUCAAAAGUCAUGAUUGUCAUGUGAUGAUACAUCAAUUACUACCCAUAGCAAUAUGGCGGACAUUAUCGAAGCCAGUUGUAGCAACUCUUGUUGAAUUAUGUUCAUUCUUUAGAGAGUUAUGUUCGAAGAAAGUAUAUAUGAGGGAUCUUGAUAGAUUACAGUUAUCAGUUGUACAAACCCUUUGCAAUCUAGAGAGGAUUUUUCCACCGGCAUUCUUUGAUGUGAUGAUUCACUUGGUUGUCCACUUAGCUACUGAGGCAAAACUUGCUGGACCAGUACAGUACCAUUGGAUGUAUCCUAUUGAAAGGUAUCUUCUUACAUUGAAAUCAUAUGUUCGCAAUCGGAGUAGACCAGAAGGUUCAAUUGCUGAAGGCUACAUUGUGGAGGAAUGCAUUACCUUUUGUUCAAGAUAUUUUGAAGGAGUUGAUACAAGAUUUUAUAAAACACCACGCAAUGAUGAUUUUGGGGACCCAUUUAAUGGUCAUGGUAUAGGAAAAUCAACAACAUUUACGCUUAAUCCUAUUGAGUGGAAACAAGCACAUCGUUACAUGUUAUUUAAUUCUGAAUCCCUUGAUUAUUGUAUCAGUGAGCAUAAAGCAGAACUCAAAAGACAAAAUCGAUGGAUUAGCACUUAUGAGCUUGAUAAGAUGCAUCACCAGAAGUUUGAUGAGUGGAUAUUCCACAAAGUUCAAAAUGUGCAAAAUUCUUCCUUACCUGUUGAAGUUAUACAUCUAGCUAAAGGUCCAGACAUAGUAGCCAGGAGUUACAAUGCUUUCACUAUCAAUGGAUUCAGAUUCCAUGUUAAAGCUCGAGAGCGCAAAAGGAAAAUACAGAAUAGUGGAGUGGUUGUCGUUGCUUCAACUAUGAGUUUUGCAAGUACAAGUGACAAAAACCCAAUUGAGAGCGAGAUAACAUAUUUUGGAGUCUUAAAUAAUAUUAUUGAACUCAACUAUCAUGGAUGGAAACGGAUUGUAUUGUUCAAAUGCGAGUGGAUUGAUGUUACAAAAGGGACAAAGAAGGAUGAUUUAGGGUUUACUCUUGUGAACUUAAACCAAUUAUCUAAUACAGGAGCAAAUGAAUAUGACGAGCCUUUCAUUUUGGCAUCUCAAGCACUACAAGCAUUUUAUGUUGAAGAUCCUUCAGAACCAAAUUGGCAUGUGGCUAUUCAAACAAAGCCUAGAGAUUUCUAUGACAUGCAAAAUGAUCCCUCAAAUGAAGACUAUUUGCAAAGCAUACCAUGCAAUGAAUUGAAUUUAGUGGAUGACAUUUUCAGUGGUGAUAAUAACAUAAAUUGGGAACGGACAGAUAUGGAGGGAGUAAUGGUUGAUGAAGCUAUCAACUCUGUUGACAUUGACACUUUAAUGAAGGAUUCAACUAAUGAAUAUGAUGAAGAUACUGAUUAAGAAAUUUUACUUAUAAAGCUAAAUGUGGCCUCUUACAAGACAUGGUAGCCUUCGUCGUAGAGUAGAAGGUCCAACUCUAUCUAAUCCAAGCUCAAGCCACUCUAUAAGCACUGGCCCUACUUCAGAUCGUGUACAUGAUGGGUCUACUUCUG